UUACUGAUAACAUGAAGGCGAUUCUUACUGUUUGUCUGGCUGCAGUCUUAUGUACAAAGCUAGCCCAUUCCUUAUUAUGCUAUGAGUGCUUUGACUUUGGAUUAUCCAGUGAAAGUGAAUGCACAGGCGUUACAAAUUGUACAGAAUUAUACUGCGCUAUGAUCUUUACUACUCAAGAUGAAAAUAAUGUUUCAGUGCCAAUAUUUCAGAAGGGUUGUUCAAAAGCCGACCAAGUAGCCUACCCCACGAAGCCUUUUACACUGACCUUAUGCAAUACUGACUUGUGCAAUAUUAGAGAAUCCACCACCAGCACCCCAGCCCCAACUAAAGACCAUUGUGGAAAUGCCGGCACAAAUUCUACCUGUAACAUUAAUAUGCUGUUUAUAGGGCUUUUUCUGUUGUGGCUAAGUAAUUACUUUCUCUGUCAAUUAGGAUAAUCUGGCGUUGGUUUCUCCAAUAAGUUCUUUUUACUUGUUAAAGUUAUUUUUAGCUGUUCUUAUCUGCUAUAAAUAAACUAUGUGAGAAUUAAA